UUCCCCUAAAUUUUUCCCUACGCCACGCUACUGCUAAUCGGAGGUUGGGAAGUCCCAGUCUUCCCCUUUAAGAGCACACAGUAGCUCUGCUCAGAUGGCGUAGGUCGGAUGACCGUGCUAUGAUUACAUCCAGGGUGUUACACACAUGAUGGACGGACAAAUAUUGUUUUAACUUUAACGGGAAUCUAUGGAGACGUCAUAAUGCACGGUGUUUCUCCAGCAGCAUCAGUAUUCUUAUCGGUGUUUACGUUGAUUCAGAGCACAGUCGAAGCGCUUCAGGUGAUUGGAGGAAACGUCACCGUUGUGCAAGGAGGGACUGCCAACUUUCCCUGCCAACUUAUCGGCGCUACAGAAACACUCAACCAAAUUUCCUGGCAGAAGAAGACCAGAGAAAAACCUCAGAACAAUAACUUCUUUACAAUUUUGAAGACAGGACCACAGUUUGUCAAUGGAAAUGGAGAUGAUGGCCGUUUUAAAUUUAUUGGGGACUUAAAAGCCAAGAAUGGAUCCCUGCAGUUAAUUGGAGUCACAUUGAUGGACGAAGGCACCUACACCUGCAUCUUCACGCUGUUUCCCAGCGGAAUUCACAAGACUGAGAUACCUCUACAUUUGCUUGUGCCUCCGGUGACAAUCCUGAAGGAUGAUCAUCCUAUUUUGGGUAAUGAAGAGGUUUCUCUUGUUACCUGCACGGCUGCUGGUUCAAAGCCUCCUGCAGCAAUAAGCUGGCUCACUGGUGCUCUGGUAGGAAAAGUGAGAGAAUCAACCACCUCCACCCUGAAUGCUAACAGUACUACAACCACAAUCAGCUCGCUGCUUGGAGUACCUACCAGAGAAUUAGACGGUCAAUUGGUCAAGUGUGUCGUCACCAGUGCAGCCAUGAAGAUGGAAGAAACCCUGCCCUUCACCAUACAGGUCUACUUUUCACCGAUGGAAGUGACCAUUCUUGAGACUUCUGAAGGCUCCUUUAUAUGUGAGGCUGAAGCAAAUCCACCUGCAAACAUCACCUGGAGCAGAAUCGAGCUCCCGUGGCCUCAGUCUGCUGUCAGAGAGGGUGCAGUGCUACGGCUCAAGGAAAUGACCCCUGACCUUAAUGGCCUCUACCAGUGUGAAGCAUCUAACCAACAUGGAAGUAAACAACAACAGCUCCGUGUGUAUGUGGCUUCAGGAAACUGCACUGCUUGUUGGGUCUUAUUCAGCCUUUUGUUCAUCCUGAUUGUCGCUGCUGUGGCUGCAGCAGGGUACUUUUACAAAUCUGGAAGGAUUCAAUGGAGCGGAGACAGGCAGCCUGUCCCAACGAAUUCAUCUCCACUUGAAGAGCAACAAGUUUGACAAGAUUCCAGUCUAAUGGGUCGAUAAAGUAUGUUUAAUAGGGAUCUUCCUGAAGUCCAUGGGAGUAGCAGGGUGGAGUGCAGAUGGACUCUCCUCGGCAUGUUUCCCUCCUGACUCAGCUGUUAGGGAGCAGGUGCAGCUGUCUAGGUGCUUUGUAUGGUAAUGUCCUAUGAUAACAGCCUUUACAAUUAUAUUUGGUUCAUUUCUAAACAAAUAGAUAAAGUUUUGUGGAGAAUGUAUAUAGUGAAAGUAUUUUUCAAGCUAAAAAGUGGAAGCUUCAAAGCCUUUAAUGAAUGUGUACUGUCUAUGGCUGACUGAAAUGGAAAGUUUGCAUGACCGAUUAACGCGUGCAUCAGUGUUAUCUGAGAUUUGGCUUUAAUCUUGAGAGGCUGCACUAUCAGUAACGGCUGUAACUGCCACGAUACUUACUUCCCUUCUGGUUUUCUCCCACACUUUUACAAUCUACAGUGGCUCUCAGUUGAUAUACAAAGAAUGAAGGCUCUCUACAGCCAGAGUUUGUUGUAUCUGUUCUGGGCCACUGUAGAGAAAUGACGGACUCAUAAGAGGCUCAUUCUAGGCAAACAAAAAACAGUUCUUAAUUUCAGGUUACACCAAUGAGAACUUGGAUACUAUAAUCAAUUUCUCCUAUUGGAUCUCCCGUAAUCCUUCACACUGCUCGUUUCACUGUUGCUCAAAGCAGAGGAUUAUAAAGAGUGUUUACAACCACACAAGAAACAACCUAACAGGCCAAACUAAAUAUUGCUGAGAAAUUUCAAUACCAUUUCUUAAUUUAUUUAAAAUGUUUUACUAAGCUGGACUUGAUGUGUUGUUUUUGUGUUUACAAUGUUGCCAGAUAACAGACAGACCAAUCUUUCCUGACACACAGUAUAUUUAAUGAUGCGUUUUCCUUAUACCAAAUGCGUACAGUAUGUAAGAGAAUACCGUCAGUGUUGAGAAGAAUGUACAAAAGAACAUGUUACAUUCUAAACCCCUAAUUUUAUUUGAACCAACGCCUAUAUUAAACAUUUUAUUUAUAUGAUCAAGAUCGAUUGGAUCAAUGCUCUGAAGCCGCUAUCACAUUAAACAUAGUCUUAUCUGUGAGCUGCUGAACUUCUAAGCACCAUCACAUUUCAUGUAAUUUUUGACUACUACUAUUAUCUACUGAGUGCUAAAACAUUUGCUCUGCUUUGAAACUGUUGCUCUGACAAUGUUUUAGUUGUGUUUAAGUCAGCCAAGCUCUUUGUUAUCUUUGAAUAGGUGUAUAGCUUCCUCCAAUGUUAUGGGUAAACAAGCUUAAAACAGAAAGACCCCAAAGUCAGCAAAAAAGGAAUGAAUGAUGUUUUAAGUUAAGUGAAGGUCAAAAUGAAGAGCUGACUUACGAAAACUGUAGAAAAACAUUAUUAUAUUAUUGAUAAAGUUGGACUGCAUCUUCAUCUCCUAAAUAUAUUUGAUAAUUAUCAGUUAAACAAAGUAUAAAGUGUUUGAUUGGCUCUUAUUGAAAUCAUUAAAGCCAUCAUGUUGGCAUACAUCAUAAUGGGAGGUUACUUGGGUUGUACAGGUUAUGUUAAGUUUCAAAAAUGUUUCCUUAGUUAAGAUUUUAAAAGUUACAAAAUUCCUUUACAUAAAAGUAGUCCAAGGGACAUACAUGAACCGGCCUCUGAUUUAUCCUCCAUCUUGUUCUCCAUCUUAAAAUGAUAUCCUUUGGCCUACAUCCUGUGUUAAAAUAUGCAGCGGAUGUAGCGAUAUCUUAUUGUUCUAUUAAAACCUAUCUGUUACAAACAUAGAAAGUCCUUAAGGCUUCAUCUCCUGGGGAUUUUGAAUAUCUAUGCCAAUGUUAUUUGUAUUUAAAUUAAUCAAAUAGCUGUCCACACAUUUCACACAAUACCAAGCUCACACUAGAGUGACAAAAAAAACAUUCCUAGAUUUCAUUUUAGACUAGUUUUCGUCCUUAGAUUAAUAGUCCAAGAUUUUAAUCAUGUUUAGUUAAAUAUAUCCUUCUUCGUUGUAGUUACACGUGUAUUUUUAAUAUGUUUAUCCUGAGUGUCUUUUUUUCCAUUUUGGGUUAUGGGUUAUCUAGAUUUUUCCUUAUUCCUCAAAUUCUGCUACACAGCGCUUAUUUUGAAAGAAUGUAUUUGUUUUGGAGGAGAGGAACAAUAAAUCCGAUCUACUUAAUUCCCCCUAUUUCUUGCACACAUAUUCACUCUUAUUUCAAUUGAAAAUGUAAAUUAUUCGUGCGUAAAUCAAAAAUGUUUUGUAUGUUGUAAGAAAUACAUCUGAACCGUGUCAAAGACAUUCAAAUACGGAAACCUUUAUUUAAUAAAAAUAUGAAGUAUAUAAUUAAGCCACUAAAUGAACGCACUCUGCCCGCUGUUAAUAUGAGCGUAAACUAUAGCUAUGUUCAUUGGUCAAGUUAUUUAUGAUGAUCGAUAUGUUCAUUAUAAGAAGUUUUGUUUUGGGGGUUGCAGUGUCUCGUAUCGUAUCGUGUCUGCAAAUAAAAGUAUAAUUUUGUUGUACUAAGGCAGCUAUUUCCCUUUUCCUUCUCAUUAUAGAAUAUCGGCUUUACGUUUUAUGCACAUUUUACUAUUUCAGUUGCUGUUUGUGAUUCACAUUCCUUUAAUAUUUUUAGAUUUGCUUGAAUAUACUGCAAUUUUUGUUUUUUUGUUAUUUUGCAGUAACAUUAGUAGUAGUUUAAUAAAAGUAGUUUAAUAAAAGUGUCAGAUCCAAAUAUAUCUGUUUUGCGUUAAGUCAAUGUUCAGAGUGUCAUAUACCUUUCUUUCAACCUGUAUGUAAAUAAACUUUACAAAUCCCUCGUA